CGAAUGAUAUGCUAAAUAAAGCGAAUCUCCCAACGGUCACCAUAUUAACAAACCUCGCAUAACGUUCACUUACCCAUCUCUCUCUCCUCCCAACGUCUCUCUCUCUCUCUCUGUCUACCUUCCCAAGCAACUCCUACAGUGUAGUGUGAUACGGUGAGCCAGAGGAGGAAAUCUUGGGUCUCUCCGACGCGCCCAACGAAACACGCAGACACCCUUUGUGGCGGGGGAAGCAAAUGGAACCGGCAAAGAUCGACUGGAGGAAGAUCGAGUCGGUGUUCGUGGAAGACGACCUGUACGAGCACUUCGACGCCCCCAAAUGGGUCGAUCUCUCCUCCUCCCCCCACCUUGACGACGACGACGCCGACGCCCGCUUCUUCUGCAGACCCGAAUGCAAGCAUCCGAAGACGGCCGAGGAUUUCUUCAAAUCAACCCCCACCUCGACCUCCAAGCUCCGGAGACCAGCUAAUAUGUACGAAAUCCUUCCGCUUGGUGACCGGAAUCUAAGAGAUGUUGUCUUCAAGAGAAGAGUUCCACCAAGUAAAAGUCCCAACAUAGCCAAUCAAGAUAGUGAAAAUCAGAACCCCAAUUUGUCUACACCCCUCAAUCUCUAUUCUAUCACCAAAGAAACGAUCAAAUCAAGCACUGAAAAGAAGAAAGCAGCGGACGAUGCGUCGGAGGCUACUGCUUUUCCAAGACUCAAAAGCACACUCUCAGCAAGGAAUUUGUUCGCUGGUCGUGACAUUUUGAAUCAGAUUUCAGAAUUUUGCAGCGAACUAAAGAAGCUGGCGACCAGGACCAAGGAGAAAGAAAAUGCGGAGAAGCGGAAUGCGGGGAAGGAUGUAGCUCCUACAGAAAAGGACAAACCUAGUGAUGUUUUGGAGGAGUUAGGUGGCGAAGGGAAAGAGAGAAAGCCGCUAAUUGAAGUCAGUAUUGAGAAAUCCGAUGGCAUGAAGAAGAGCAACACCAAGGAAAAGGGCCGACGGAUUAAAGUUGAAGAGGCUGAAAAUGUUCCAAUCAAGCUAGACUUGGAGAAUGUGAGGCACAAUGGGAAGGAGAGCUUGUCGCAAAUCCGCACUAGCCCUCCCACUCCCCAGUGUUUUUCAGCCACCCGUGAACCUGGCAAACCGACUCCUUCAAAAGCUACCAGAUCUAGGUUUAUGGAGAGACAAAUCCUUCAAGAGGUGAAGUUGAACAGAGGGGCCGUGGCAAAGGAGGAAACGCCCGACAAAGGAAAAACCAUUUCUAUGGUUGAUGGAAGAGACGCAAGGCAGCUCGACAUGUUUUGGUUUCUGAAGCCCUGCACUCUGUCAAGCUGAAACUAGAAAUUUCGAGGGAGUAGUUUCUUAGAGAGAUCCAAGGGAAGAGUCUUCAAACGGUUGCUCAAGUCGCGGGUAUCAAAGUGUAGUAGCAAAAUAUUCAUUCAUUCUUUCCUUCAUUACUUUCCCAUUUAACUUUUUCACCUGCUCUGCACAAUUGGCCUUCGUAUAUGUUUCCUUAUUGAUGGGAUACAACAUCCAAACGUGUAUUCAUUGUACCGAUGGACAGAAUAAAAACCAAGGCAGGUCACGUUACUACUGUAUUUUAGAUAAGAAUUCAGGAUGAGACAGCUGCACAAGCCUCCUUCCCCAAUCCAGUUUGGAUAACUAUCUUAUUCAUGUACUACUAUGCAUGGAGUGUCCUGUAGCUAGAAAAUAACUCGUUCUGAGAACUCGAGGUGUUGGACUGAGGAGGAUAAGUACUGAUAAUUCAGAGUAUGGUCCCGGGCCUUAU